GACCGAGGAAAUUACUUGAAACGAUUUCUCCCUGAAUUAUUCGAAGGAAACAUAUUCUCAUUUCACCUUUCAUACUAUCAACGUUCUGGAUGUUUUCGCAAGCGGUUCGCACGUCGCGAACUGAACGUGGCCAGCUUGAAGAAGCGCAUCAACAUCGCGUUCCUGUAACAUGAUCCAGACAUCGCGAAAUACGGAAGAUAACGUAAUACAACUUACAGCAGUGUAGACGCACUUAUAUCACGAUUUACAUGCCCGGGCUUCUUAGAAUUACUCCUAUCAAACCGUCUCUGCCCCUUCUACGCUUUAAUCCAAAUCCUCCUGCCUCUUGAUCUUUUCGCGAGAUCGAGCACAAGUAAGUCAUAGGAGAACGAUACGAAAAGGAUAGGGAGGCGUCUCUGGUGGGAGUCAGCGAUUCAACUUACCUAGAUCAUCAUCAAAUAAGCGGGAACAGUCGCAGAGAGGAUCGCGACAUCAGCUCGAGCCAUGCGUCUGAUCCUUGGCUUUUUGAUCCUCUGUUCGGGGACGGCGUUCUCGCAGUACAUACAGGAGAAAACGCGUUUCGAUCGCUCGGUUCACGAUGAUUCUGGAGUACUUAUCACGGAUGAAUAUUUGCCGCUGAAAGAAUGGUCGUUCUACGACUACGACACGAACUUUAAAGCAUACAGAGACAAAGAUGAAAACGUUUGUUAUUUGGAGAAGAUGGACGACAGCGUUGCUAUAGAAGAUCUUCCAGACUAUGGAACACAAACGAAAAUAUCCAAAAUACUCUACGCAUCCACGAAUGCUUUAACGAAAUUAGAGGCGUGGCGAAUUGCUGGCGGUAGGAUAAUGGAAUUUUGUCACGGACGUGAUUUAAUUAUGUUGCAAAAUACAAUACCGGUGAUUGAACGAAUGCCGGAUCCCUUUUUCAAUGUAAUUCCGCAAGAUGAAAACGAUAUCGUAACUAGACGAGUAGCUGACGUAGUUCUAAUACCGCUGAAAAGUCGAGCCAAAAGGCAAGUAAUUCUCGAGGAGCGAGAGAAACAUAAUGAAAAUCCUAAUCGAGCUCGUAUGCGACGACAAGCUCAACAAUCCCGAGGAAGGUUCCGUGGACAAACGCAGUCUCAGUAUUUGAGCUUGGGUAACGAGGAGCGUAAAGAAGGCAAAGCCGAAGCAGAAGCUACGCAACAAUCGUCCCGUGCCAUAGUCAGUGGAAGUCGUGGCAUGGGCCAAGCGCAAAGUAUGUCGUUUGGAAGCUCCGGCUGUGAAGACUGCCUCAAAUACACUAGCGAGGGUGCACCGGAUGGAACUGUAUACCAAAUUGGAGGAACUUAUCCUGGUACAGUCGACAGAGGUGGUACCUUUUAUCCGGUCGGUACACCUGGCACUGCAAGAGAUAAAAUUACCUACCCGAGUGGAGUACCUGGUACUCCAACAACUGGAGGUGGAGUACUUUAUCCCGCUGGAGUACCUGGUACUACAACAACAGGAGGUAGAGUAGUUUAUCCCGCUGGUGUACCUGGUACUACUACAACUGGAGGUGGAGUAGUUUACCCUGGUAGUGUCCCAGGUACUACAACUGGAGGUGGUGUGGUUUAUCCUGGUGGUGCACCUGGCACCACAACAACUGGUGGCGGAGUUACUUAUCCUAGUGGUAUACCUGGUACUACAACUGGGGGUGGUGUAGUUUAUCCUGGUGGUGCACCUGGUACUACAACAACUGGUGGCGGAGUCACUUAUCCUGGUAGUAUACCUGGUACUACAACUGGAACCGGUGUAGUUUAUCCUGGUGGUGGACCUGGUACUACAACUGGAGGUGGUGUAGUUUAUCCUGGCAGUGUCCCAGGUACUACAACUGGAGGUGGUGUAGUUUAUCCUGGCGGUAUCCCAGGUAUUACAACUGGAAGUGGUGUAGUUUAUCCUGGUGGUACACCAGGCACCACAACAACUGGUGAUGGAGUUACUUAUCCUGGCGGUAUACCUGGCACCACAACAACUGGUGGUGGAGUUACUUAUCCUGGCGGUAUACCUGGUACUACAACUGGGGGUGGUGUAGUUUAUCCUGGUGGUACACCUGGUACUACAACAACUGGUGGUGGAGUCACUUAUCCUGGUAGUAUACCUGGUACUACAACUGGAAGCGGUGUAGUUUAUCCUGGUGGUGUACCUGGUACUACAACAGGAGGUGGAAUAGUCUAUCCAGGUGGUGUACGUGGUACUACAACAACAGGAGGUGGUGUAAUUUAUCCUGCUGGUAUACCUGGUACUACAACAACAGGAGGUGGUGUAGUUUAUCCUGCUGGUAUACCUGGUACUACAACAACAGGAGGUGGUGUAGUUUAUCCUGCUGGUAUACCUGGUACUACAACAACAGGAGGUGGAGUAGUUUAUCCUGCUGGUAUACCUGGCACUACAACAACAGGAGGUGGUGUAGUUUAUCCUGCUGGUAUACCUGGUACUACAACAACAGGAAGCGGUGUAGUUUAUCCUGGUGGUACACCUGGCACCACAACUGGUGGUGGAGUUACUUAUCCUGGUGGUAUACCUGGUACUACAACUGGGAGUGGUGUUGUUUAUCCUGGCGGUGUACCUGGCACUACAACAACUGGCGGUGGUGUCACUUAUCCUGGUAGUAUACCUGGUACUACAACUGGAACCGGUGUAGUUUAUCCUGGUGGCGUACCUAGUACUACAACAGGGAGUGGUGUAGUUUAUCCUGGUGGUUUCCCUGGUACUACAGCAACAGGGGGUGGAGUAGUCUAUCCGGGUGGUGUACCUGGUACUACAACAACAGGAGGUGGUGUAGUUUAUCCAGCUGGUAUACCUGGUGGUGCUAUUACUUAUCCUGCUGGUGUUCCUGGUACUGUGACAACAGGAGGUGGUGCGAUUUAUCCUGGUGGAAUACCUGGUGUAGGCUAUCCUGGCAGUACACCAGGUACUACUGCUGGUGGUGUUGGUGUUAUUUAUCCUGGUGACAGAACUGGUCCAGGUGGUCAAAUUAUAACGGAGUCAAAAGCAACAACAGAUACUAAAAUAUAUCCUGGACAGAUUCCUAGUUAUCCAGGAGGUAUAAUUCCUCAAUCAAUUGGCACACCUGGUACACCUAGCGUAAUACCAACAAAUGUGGGUAUUUAUCCUGGAAGUACCCAGACUGGAACACCAGAAAGUGUUCCACAGCAAUUACAUUAUCCUGGUGGUAUUGCACCUGGUGGUACAAAUGUUAUUCGUACUGGAUCUGAUGGUAAAAUGAUAUAUUAUCCUGAAAGUACUCAAUUUAAACCUGGAUCAGGUGUGUCUCAACCAGGAAUCCAGAUAGGACCUGAUGGUAGAGUGAUUAAUUAUCCUAGCACAUCUGGGCCAGUUUCCUCUCCCUACCCAGUACAGCAAGGACAGUAUCCAAGUGGUACUACAUGGCAAGGCGCACAAGGUCCAACCAUUCCUGGAGGUAUUAGUAGACCAGGAGAGUAUAUAAGCGGAGGACAGAAGAUUGGACAACAAUACCCAACUGAAAUGAGACCUACUGGGGAAGGUGCUCAGUAUUACCAACAAGCUGGUAAUAUUCCAUCUGCAGAAGAUGAUAACUCUAAUUCUCAAGCAUCUAGUUCUGUAAAACAAACAGACUCGGGAACACAAGCAAGUGCAUCAUCUCAAGGAAUAUAUGGACAAGGUACAGCACAAUCUCAAGUAACAGGUACAUAUAGUGGUUCUGGAUCAUUCUCUGCUCAAGCUGGUAGUAGUGAUGCCAACAAAAGUGCUCAAACUGAAAUUAGUGGUGGUAAAGAUGGUGCUACAAGUAAUGCUCAAGGAUCAGGUGGCUAUGGAAAGAGUCAAGCUCAAGUUCAAUUGGAUUCUGAGUCUGGUGCUACAUCGACAGGUGCACAAAGUAGUGGAUGGAAUCAUGGUACUAAUUCUCAGGUGCAAGCAAGUUCUAGAGGUGGAAUGGCAGAUGCUCAAGCGAAUGGGGAAGGAAGUACUUCUAGUCAAGCUCAAAUUGGUUUCCAACCAUACCUUAAAACAGAUGAAAAACUUGAAAGACAUUCGAGACCUUUCCAUGGAGGUGGUACAGCUUCUGCACAAAGUGGCAUGCGUAGAGGUCAAUCUCAAUCUCAACUUGAAGGUUCUUUUCAAUAUGGAAUUACUUACAGUGGAGCAGCGCAAGCAGGAUCUGGAUCCGGAGCAGCAGCUUCCAGAAAACCAUUCAAGUUCAACCUUACAGAUACAGAAUUAUUCAAACCCUUCAAACCGCCUAAUACUCCACAAAUUACAAGAAGUAAUGAGAGUUCGAUAACAAAUACAUCUUCUGAUAAUGAUUACGACCAAGAUAAACCUACACAAGGCUUACAGUCAAGUUCGAGUUCCAGAAGAACAGUUUUUGCCAAUGCAACAAGAGGAACUUCUUGGAGCGUAGAUAAUAAACACAAUCAAUCUGGUGAAAGAUUGCACACAGAUGAUACUAUGUAUGAUUAUGAAGAAGAAUAUGAUGAUUAUGAUGCAUCGCAAGUACAAACUUCAAAUGCAAAGUAUUCCAAAAAUUAUAUUGUAGAGCAAAAUAAUAGCGAUUAUCAGUCACAAAUGGUACACGUCGCAACUGGAAACCAAUAUGACGUUCAUGUACAUCAGGACUCUACAGCAGCACAGCCUGGAGAUAUGCUUCAACCAGGACAAUCAUUGUCAGGAUAUACCAUACCACCCGGAUUUCGUGGAAGAGUAAAAUCUGUAGCUGGUGAUGAAACUAUUGCCCAUGGUGAUGGUAAAUCUCAAUCUCAAACAGUUUCUCUAACUCCACUAAAAACUGACAUUACUUAUGAGAAUAAAUCACCAAGUUCAGAAACCAGAUCACUUAAAACCAACCAUGAAAGAUUAGCUGAAAAUAACAUUUUGAACAAAGAAAAAUAUCAAAAACAAAAUUCUUUCAAUCAUCAACAUCAACAAACAUCCACAGAUCGUUCCAAACCAACAAGCGUGCCGAUAAAACCAAGUUAUUAUACAGUAACAAAUAGCUUCGCUGGAAAAAUGGAUAGUAAAAAUUCACCAAAAAAGUAUGAACAUCGCUAUUACACUAAAAGUUCUACUUGUGGAUAUUUUACAUUUUCCUGUAAUAUUGUGUAUGGUUCUAAUGGUAGGACGAAAAUUUGCAAACCAAAAAUGCCAACAUAUCCUGAUGGUACCCCAAUGAAAUGUUAAUCAGAUGUUAUUCAUUCUAUAAUAAAUUUUUCUUCUCACUUUA